AUGUCUAAUACAAAAAUGGAGAACACUUCAGCUGAGCAUGUGGAGUCAAAGGAUAAUUUAGGUGUUGAUAAGUUGAAUGUCGAUUUUGACUAUUUACUGUAUAAAAUCAAGGAUUAUAUAUCGACAAUUGAGUUGCAAACAAAUGAGAUGUGUAGAAAACGACAUCAGUUGAUUACGAAGGAUAUUAUUGAGGAUAUUGUCGAUAAGAAUAUUGCCGAUUUUAAAGAGCUGUUAGCGAAAUGCGAGGAUUUAGAGAAUUAUUAUAAUAUGUUGGAUCAGAUCGAAGUGAUCACAGGCACUUUUGAGGAACGGUUAAACCAGAUAGUUCUUGAUUACUCAGAAAUUGACCAAUGA